GAACGCUCCUCCUCAUCCUCACGGGAACAUCGGCGGGCAGCGGGCGGCUCCCGGCCCUGAGCACCCCGGACCCCUCGGCAGAGCUCAGAGGCUCAUUGUGUUUGACUUUGAGUUGUGGAGAAGCUGCAUCAGCCACAGGGGUUCCCAUGGCUCAGCUGCCCAAUGACUCCUGGCACAACGACUCAGCCCUGAUCUUCACCGGCCUGGACCUGCUCCUGGAGCUGAAGCCGCUCUUCAUCCCGCUCUACGCCACACUGGUGGUGGUGGCGUGCAUCGGGAACCUCUUCCUCAUCCUCCUCAUCGCCCUCACCAAGAAGCUGCACUGCACCACCAACUUCCUGAUCGGGAACCUGGCGGUGGCCGACUUCAUCAUGUGCCUGGCCUGCGUCCCCCUCACCGUGUCCUACGCCUUCGAGGAGCGGGGCUGGCUCUUCGGCAUGUCCAUGUGCCACUUUGUCACCCUGCUGCAGGCUGCCACCGUCUUCGUGUCGGUGCUGUCUCUCACGGCCAUCGCCAUCGACCGCUACGUGGUGGUGGCGUACCCGAUCCGCAGGCGGAUCAGCCGCAGGGCCUGCGUCGGCCUCGUGGCCUGCAUUUGGCUGCUCUCCAUCGCGGCCUCUGUGCCCACCUCACUGCACACCCACUACUUGGACCUCAACGCCAUCGGCCACGACAUGAUCAUCUGCGAGGAGUUCUGGAAGCACGAGGAGAGGGAGCGGCUGCUGUACUCGUGCCUGAUGCUGCUGCUCUCCUACAUGCUCCCGCUGCUGGCCGUGUCCGUCUCCUUCUGUGCCAUCACCUACCACCUGCGCAGGAGGAAUGUGCCGGGCGCCGCCUAUCCCUGCCAGGCCAAGUGGACCAGGACCAAGCACAAGACCUUCCGGGUGCUCACCAUUUCCGUGGUCUGCUUUGCCGUCUGCUGGCUGCCCCUGCAGGUGGUCAACUUCAUCCGGGACAUUGACGAGGAGUUCACCAUCCUGGACAAGAGGUACGUCAACGUCAUCCAGGUCUCGUGCCACCUGAUCGCCAUGAGCUCUGCCUGCUACAACCCCUUCAUCUACGCCUCCCUCCACGACAAAUUCUGGUUCCACCUCAGCAGCUACUUUUACCGCAAGAAGCAGAGCUCCAGGAGCAUGUCCUGCAAGGCUUCCCGCUUCAACACCUGCUCCACCCUGGCAGAUGCUCCCACCGGGGCCUCAGACAAGAUAGCUUUGCAGUCCAGGUUACCUUAGCUGAAGGACCUUGAGGGAUUUGGUUUGCGUGGCCCUAUAUCCCAAACCAUGGCUGGGACAUACCCCUAUAUCCCGAAUCAUGGCUGGGUGUAGUAGGUGUCCAGUGCUACAUUUGGAGCACAAAGACUUCACCCCGUGGCUUAUGCAGGAGGUGGGUCAGUGUCUGAGCAAGGCAAACACCCAUUGUGUAAAAAACUCUUUGGAGAGCGCACGUCUUCAUUUUGUAGAAUAUAGAUUGUUCCUAAGCAACAGGCAGCACUUUGUGCCAUGGGAAGAGGUCGACUUGCACAGGGAGCCAUGAAAUUGCUGUGCAUUUAUCCUUUAAAAUUGUGGCUUACUGGUGAAGGCACAAUUUAGGACAAUGUGCAUUCUGCAGGUGCAGAUGGGAGCACGUGGCUGCUGACAGCAGGAGGCUGGUUUGAAAUGGGUGUGACUUUCAUAACCUGCUUGGCCUGCUGGAGGAGCCACCCCUGUAACCAGACAGGGCAUCCCAGUUUCUCCAGCCAAAGGUGCAAAUGCAGCUGGGCACAUCCACGAAGUCAUCACUGCUCUUCAUGGCCAAGUAGGACUCGAAAGAUCUCAAGUGAUGAGUUUGCUAGGAAUGAUGUUUCAAAUUCUGUUCCCAGGGAAGUUGAGGUUGGUGUAUGUCCACAUUCAGGGUCCUGCAGUGGAGGUGGGAAUCCCAGUGCCAGGCUGUUCUAUCCCAGAAGCUGCCUGAUGAAGGGUGGGUUUGCUUGUCAGGGUUCCUCGGUGUCUGAAGUGCCUCUGUGGCCUCUCAGGCUGCUCUGUGCAAGCAGCACAUGCAGAAGGCAGUGUCUCCUUACACCCAAUUCCCAUCUAGGUUUUAACCUCUUGAUUUCCCAGGAGAAACCCUUGGGAACAGCCCACAGGCACCAGCACCACCAUAGGCACCUCAGCUCAGGGCCGUGGCAGCUCCCAGCUGCCCUGCUCUGUGGGGCCGAGCCGUGACCUCCCACUGCUCCUUGUGCCCAAGGACAGGACUUCAAAGCCCCCAGGCAACAGGUCCUCAGCCCUGCACAGAACCUGCCCAUGGCCCUGGCCAGCAUCCCCACUUCUGCCAGCAGCUGGGGAGCAUCCAGGGCACACACAGCUGGCUGGACCCCAACAGGAUCCAUAAUCCACUCUCCUUACACCCACCCACAAGCUCAUUCACCUUCUGGCUGAAGCCCUCAUGGUGGUCCUAGAAGGACUCAUGAUCUUCUGUGGGGUGAUCAGCAGAGACAGGGACCCAUCUAAAGUAGUGCCAGUGACCUCUGUCCUGUUCCCAUAGAGCAGCUCCCUCCUCAGCUUCCUGAAGCUUCCCUGGGCCUGGGCUACUCAUCCCGGAGGAGCCAAGCA